UGCACUUUUUAUAGAGAAGGCUACAAUGAAAGGCCAAUUUUCCUUGGCAGGGCUGACCCCACUGUCGCUCAUACAUCACUUUCUCAGAUAAUGUUGUGCCCAUUUAUGAUCUAACCGUUCAGUUCAGGCUUCAGCAUUGUUACAUCCUGCGUCCUUCAUCUUCCUUCCCCCACGAGUCAUCAGACAAUUUUAACUUAAUUCUUUGACAGGAUUAUGGCGUCCACUGCGAUGUACCGUUUGGCGCCAAUACUGGACAGCACUGCCUUUGCUGUUAGCCUGCCGACAUGUAUGUACCGGCUGCCUCCCAUCCAGUCAAGCUCUGUUGCAUCAUCACUACAGGCUGCUGGUGCGAGUGGUGCGGAGCUGGCGCAGCUGGAGAGGCGCCAGGAGGCGAUUCUCUCCCAACUGGCGCAGCUACGCUGUCGUGUGGAGGAGGCCGUGCGGCAGCGGUCCGCCCGAUCCGCUCCGGGGCAGGGAGUCGGUGCAGUGGUGGCCACAAACACCUGCCUGCCGUUAGACCAUCGGGCCGAGCUGGUGGUGGUGGCCUCGGCCGAGCGGCCGCCGUGUUCGCUGCUGCUGCUGCGCCUGCUGGCCCCGACCGUCACCCUCACGGCGCACGUGCACUCCACGUGUCCGGCCGUGCCGCCGCACCUGCUGGACGCCUUCCACUGGAGGGGAGCCGCCGGCGGUGCGCACAUCCGCCUCAUCUGGAAGCCAGAGGUGGGUGAGCCGCGGCUGCUCGUGUCGCCGGCCGGACAGGGCUGCCCGCUGGUCGGCGAGGAGCAGCUGUUCCGCUAUCUGGCUCGCGCUCUGCUGCCCGGACAGUACGAGGCGGCCGGCGCCGAGAGGGCGGCGCUCAUUGAUCUUCAUCUGGAGCGUGCUGACCGACUGAUGAACGGCUCCGUCGCCGAGAAAAAGGCGGUGCUGGGCACGCUGGACGGCCUGCUGGGCCGCCAGCCGUUCUUGCUGGGCGACCAGCUGGCACUGAUCGACGGCGUCCUGUUGUCGGCUCUGCGCUGCUCAAAGGUGUCCCCGGCGCCGGCCAACGUGGCCGCCUGGCGCGACCGGGUGUCCGUCGCCGCCGGUCUAGCGGCGGCUGGCGGCGCGGGAGCGGCUGGCGGCACGGGAGCGGCUGGCGGCACGGGAGCGGCUGGCGGCGCCGGCUCGCCCCCGGCUAUCGGUGACGGCGGCGGCCACCUGGACCAGGCGCGGCUGAUGGCUCUGCUCGCCAAGCUGGACAUCCACGCCGAGACAGUCACCCACCCGGCCGUGUUCACCGUGGAGGCGAUGAUGCCGCACCUGGCCGCCGUGCGCGGCGCUGUCACCAAAAACCUCUUCCUGCGCGACCGCCGGCGGCGUCUGUUCCUGCUGACCGCUCGGCACGACGCCCAGUUCCGGCUGGCCGACGUGGCGCGCCAGCUGGACGGCGCCAAGGAGCUGCGGUUCGGCGACGAGUCGGAGCUGGCCGCUCGGCUGGGUGUGCGCCAGGGCUGUGUGACGCCGCUGGCGGUGGCCAACGACACGGAGCGCGCCGUGACGCUGCUUGUGGACGCCAAACUGCUGGACGGCUCGGUAGAGAUGCUGUGGUGUCACCCGCUCACCAACGAGGCCUCCACGGGCCUGAGUCCGACCGAGUUCCGGAGGUUUGCCGCCGCCACCGGCCACGAGCCGAUCCUGAUCAGCGUCUGAGCGCACCUGCUCGGCCGGCACCGGCGCCGGACCCUUAACCCCCCAGUGUGGUGAUUCAAACGAACGGUGUCCACUGUGUCCUCUCAGGCUUUAUACUAACGUGACUGAUCGCUGAAUAUAACAGUACCUGCAAUGUCA